GGUAAAACUGUCCAAGUUAUUGCUUUUUUAAGUGCUGUAAUGAAGAAAUAUGGUGACAAGCGAGACAUUGAGCGUCGGCGAAAGCAUGUAUCUAAAUUACAGGACGGCCGUGAAUGGAGGGAAGAACGCGGACUUCCUGCUGCCGACGCAAUCUGGCCAACCUGUCUGAUUAUUGCUCCGAGCACUGUUGUUCACAAUUGGGAGAGGGAAUUCCAAGUGUGGGGUUAUUUCGAAGUUGGUUUAUACACGAAUACGCCGAGUCAAAGAGAGUCGGUUCUGACAGACUUCAAAAUGGGAAGGUUAGAUGUAGUCCUCACAUCAUUCGAUUUAGCUCGUCGUGACAUAUCCAGACUUGACGAUCUUGCGUGGUCAUGCAUUAUUGUGGACGAGGCCCACCGAGUGAAAAAUCCAAGAUCAAAAAUUACCGAAGCAUAUAACCGUUUUACUUGUCAGAGGAGAUUUGGCUUGACAGGUACUGCUAUCCAGAACUCUUACGCAGAAAUGUGGACAAUUUUGGAUUGGACAAACCCCGGCCGGUUAGGCACUGGUAAACAAUGGAAAGGUUACGUAACGAAACCAUUGACGAUGGGGCAAUCUGCUGGGGCAACUGAAGAGGAGAGAGCAAAGGCACUGAUCGUUGCAAGGACUUUGAAAGAUAAACUACUACCAUUAUUUUUCAAGCGAAGAACAAAAGACAUUAUUAAAGACCAGCUGCCAACGAAAACAGACGAGGUUGUUUUCUGUCCCUUGACUCCUACCCAGAUUACCGUUUACAAGCGAAUCUUGGAAAUGGAACCUGUCCGGAAUAUGAUCCAUAAAGAUGAGCUAUGCGACUGUGGUUCCAGGAAACAGCGUAAAGAGUGCUGUCAUGCAAUAGAAAAAGGAGAUGUACUAAAGUACAUGUCCAUUCUCAUUAAAAUAUCUAACCAUUUAGCCUUAAUAUUGCCUGCUCCAAAUGAUACUGCAGAACAGACUGUCAGACAUCGUGAAUUAAGUGAAGCGGCUUUUUCUAUGGAGUGCAUUCCGAAGUAUGGAACUGCCAUGCUGCAACCACAGUUUUGCGGAAAAUGGGUGGUGCUGAACACUCUACUGACAGAGUGGAGGAAAGACCAUUCAAACAAGGUAUUAAUAUUCACGAAGUCUGUCAAGCUGCUUGAUAUGCUCGAGUUCCAUUUAAAAUCCAACAGUUAUGGUUUUCUGACAUUGGAUGGAUCGACCAAACAAGCAGACAGAAUGCCGAUGAUCGACAGGUUUCAUCGGGACUCAGAUAUAUUCAUAUUCUUGAUAUCUACGCUGGCCGGUGGCACUGGACUUAAUCUGACUGGUGCUAACAAAGUGGUUAUCUUUGAUCCGAAUUGGAACCCUGCGCAUGAUCUACAGGCAAUGGAUCGAGCUUAUCGAUUUGGCCAGACACGCGAUGUAUCCGUCUAUCGGCUUUUGGGGGCAGGUUCAAUUGAGGAGCUCAUAUAUGCUCGCCAACUUUAUAAACAACAACAGAUGGCUAUUGGAUAUCAAGCAAGUAUACAAACAAGAUACUUUCAAGGUGUCCAAGGUGAUACCCACAGACACGGCGAACUCUUUGGCAUAAAAAAUAUCUUCAAGCUUCAUGAAACAAACCUGGCUACAAAAAUGGCAAUCGAAAGAGCUUCCAUUGUGGAACUGGAUUGGGCGCUCGCGCAUCUUGGUGCUGGCAAAGUUAAAAAGCAGAAGCCGAGUGCAGAAAAAUGGGUGUACGAAGCAGAUACAAGAGGAAGCAAGGAAGAGGCAGACUUGCAAGGUCUAAGUGCCCUUCUUUUCGACGAUGAUCCCCCACAAGUGGCAGAAGAGGACGAAAUUCAAAAGACUUUGAAUUUCGUUGGUGUAAAAUAUAGCCAUCGCAACGACGACGUGCUCUUACCAAGUCUGAUCGAAGAAGAACGAGCGCGGAACGCUUUGAAGAAAAAGAGACAAGAAAAGGAAGCAAGAAGGGCUCAGAAGUCUGAUAAUGUUGACACUGCAACGCAACCUAAAGUCCCCGCUCCAGAUUGGCCACCCCACAGGAAACACCACAGCAUGCCCCCAAGUCCCAAGUCAAAGCUGGCUUCCCGUCAAAUCGCUCUUGUUGAACUCGGCAUGAUAAAUAAUCCUACUGACUUGCCUGGCUUCGCUCAGACCUUCGCCCGAAAAUCCCGUGAAGAACAAAGUGACAUUCUUUCUAGAUUAGAUAAUUAUGCCAAACACCACUUAGUGUGAUGUAUGAUACAUAUUUUUUCCUGCUGUACUGUAUUAUCCUGACUUAGAGUUCGGUCUCUCUGGCUGUUGUGGUAUACCAAACCUCAAACCUCCAAACCUGUGUCAGCUCGCUUGUCAGGGUCUUUUGGCCUAAAAGCAAUGUUACUGAGAUGCACCGAAC